GAGAAAGGCGGUUUUGUAGAAAGAGAAAGUGUUCAUAGUACCUACCAUAUAUGGAGAGAGGAGACACAACUUUCCUUAUGUAGAAGACGACUGACUCUUAGCUCAAUUGGGAAACCACACACACACACGGAGAUAUAUAUAGAGAGAGAAAGGAGACGACUGAUUGAUUGUUUUGGUCAAGUCUCGGUUUAAAUUUGUCGGCUCUCAAAGUAAGUAAAUUGGUUUGUGAAAUAAUUAAUUAGGGAUCAUGGGGAGGGGUAAGAUUGUGAUUAGAAGGAUUGACAACUCAACAAGCAGACAAGUUACCUUCUCAAAGAGGAGGAGUGGACUGCUGAAGAAGGCUAAGGAGCUUGCCAUCUUGUGUGAUGCCGAGGUCGGUGUAAUCAUCUUUUCUAGCACCGGCAAACUUCAUGAGUUUUCAAACACCAGCAUGAAGUCCGUGAUUGGACGAUACCACAAAGCAAAAGAGGAACAACAGCAGCAGAUAACAAGCCCAACUUCAGAGGUCAAGUUCUGGCAGAGGGAGGCUGCAAUGUUAAAGCAACAACUGCAGAGUCUGCAAGAGAAUCAUAGACAAAUGAUGGGUGAAGAGCUUUCUGGUUUAAGUGUCCAAGAUCUACAGGUCAUGGAGAACCAACUUGAAAUGAGUCUGCGAAAUAUCCGCACAAAAAAGGACCAACUUCUUUUUGAGGAAAUCGAAGAACUAAAGAGAAAGGGGAAUAUCAUCCACCAUGAAAAUGUGGAACUGUGUAAGAAGGUAAACCAUAUUCGCGAAGAAAACACAGAACUUUAUAAACAGGUUUAUGGAAUAAGGGAAACAGAUUCAACAAACAGGAAUGUCUUCUUAACAAAUGCUCUAAGUAUAAGAGAUGAUCCACAUGCCACCAUCCAUCUUCAGCUAUCACAGCCAGACCAACACAAAGCACCUGAAGCAUCACUACAGUCCACAAGUUUGGGAUUACAACUGCAUUAAAGAGAAGAUGGGGAAUCCUUAUCAACAAAAAGCACAUAUAGUUUAAAAGUAUCUCUUAUUAGUCAACGAUUUCCAGAUCAAUGAUAAUUUAGAAUGAAAUCUGUUGAUGAAAUCAAACUGGGACAUGGGGGUGAUAUAAAAUACAGGUGACCUUAAAAGGUUAAUGAAGCUAAUAAAUUGAAGGUCAUAUAACUGCUUGAGACAGGAUUUACAUUUUAUUUCAUGGAUAUUGUCAUUUAAGAUUGAGUAUUGAGGUAAAAAGACUGACAUUGAAAGUAAUAUGUGUACUUGAUUUGUUAAAGUCUAUAGAACGAAAUGUAUAUAUUUAACUGUUUGAACAUAUGCCACACCA